AUGCUGCCGUACCUUCGGUCGGCGCUGCGUCUGCCCCUAGCGGGAGACGCCGCACCGGCAAGGGCAAGGGGGGCAAGGGCGCUGGAGGAGCUGGCGGGGGCGGUGGAGGUGGCAGUGGAGGCGGCGGAGGGGGUGGGGGUGGCGGUGGGAGUGGUGGCGGGGGUGGGGGCUUCGGUGGCGGCGGUGGAGGCGGAGGCGGCGGCGGCGGUGGUGGUGGGAGUGGAGGAGGAGGAGGUAGCGGCGGCGGUGGAGGUGGCGGUGGCAGCGGUGGAGCGGGUCGGGGUGGCUCUGCGCAGCGGGGUGGCUUUGGUGGUGGUCAGCGCCAGCAGCAGCAGCGCACUCGUAGACGCAGUCAAGCCUGUCAAGGUAGCUGUUGACUCUGGUGCUGCUCGGGGUGCUGCGCCUGCGGGUGCCGGUCGUGCUGCUGGAGCUGGUGUUGCUGCUGGUGCUGGUGGUUCUACUGCUGCUGGGGGUACUGGAGCCACGGGUCCCGGAGGUGCUCGUACUGGAGGUACUGGAGCUGCUGGGCCUGGUGGUUCUACUGGUGCUGGAGCUGGCGGUGCUACUGGAGUAGGCACUGCUGGGGGUACGGGAGCUGGAGCUGCUGCGUCUUCUAGUGGUCCUCCUGCUGCUGGAGCUGGAGCUGGAGGUUCUGGUGCUGGAGGUGCUGCUGGAGCUGGUGCUCCUGGGGGUACUGGAGUUGGCGCUGCUGGUGCAGCUGGAGGUGCUACUGGAGUCGGAGCUGCCGCUGGGGGUGCUGGUGCUGUCCCCGCUGGUUCUGGAGGUGCUGCGCGGCCUUGA